AAGCUGGACCGGCCCACUAAAUAACAAGGAUGUGAAAAUUACUUCUACAUUUAACUUUUAACCUAAUAGGAAACUCUUCUCCAGGAAUCGACUCAUCCAGCGACAAAUCUUCUCCAGGAAUCGAGCAACUCAGCGAUCAUAUCUCCAAGAAUCUUCGAGGCGAAACUCUCUGCAGGAAUCGAGCUCUUCUAGCUCAGCUUUGACAUUGAACCUCUAAAUCGUGCUCCAUCUCUUGGUAUUCAAAUCAUCCAGGGUCCCCAUUUGCUCAGGACCGGCCGCGCCACAAACCUUUGAGAUCAUUAGGUUAGGUGUAGAAUGAAGUUAAUAUCAGGGAGAGUAAUUUCAUCAAGGGUGGUUUCCCUCUCAGACGCCGCCACUAUCAUAUCAAGCUUCGCCGCCUCGGAAACUGGAGCUUCCGAUGCCAUAUCAGUAUAUGUUCGCCGCGCCGCUGAUGCAUUCAAUCAGCUGGCUAUGUUUCACAAUCUCUAUAGUUCGGGGCCUGUUGGAAAGGAUCAUCCCCGUGAUGAGAACCAGCUGAAAAGUUUGAGGAGUGUGGCAGAAGAAGUAGUGAAGUCCGAGGAAUGCCCAGAAAUGAAUCAUCAUAAACGUAAGAAGAAGAGGCCAGGGAACCGCGAUUCAGAUAUCAAAAGCAAUGAUUUGGUUAAAACAGACCUUGACUCUGCUGCUGCUGCUGCCACAAUAGAAGAUGUCCGGGAUAAGAUGAGUCAUAGUGCUGAGAAGGUGAAGGCUGAGGAAAAGAUAAAGGAGGUCGAGGAUGUGAAGACUGAAAGCAACUCAGUUGAGGGAGAUAGUAGAAAGAAGGGCAAGAAAAGGAAAAAGGUAGAGGGGGAGACAUUGGUGGUUGAGACCAAGAAGAGGAAGAAAUUGAUGGAGGUGUAGAGAGCAGUAAGAAGAGUAAGAUGCAGAAGAGAGAAGGGAAAUAAUUUGGAAUGGAAAGGCCAGAGCUAUUGGUAGCUAAUCUGCCAACAUGAACUUAUAGUUAGUCACUUGCUGUUUUAUUCAAAAUGAUGAUCGUUUUCUCCUUAUCUCAUGAAUCAAAAUGCUUCUCAGACAUACAAGUAGUUAGUUAGCUGUCUCUUAAAGCAAGCAGCAGAAUAUUUCACAUUUGCCGAAGAUCGGAAGUUAGUAUGGAUGGAUGAAGCUGUGCCAGUGUGUUUAUGCACUUGUGAUGCGGUGUGGUGUUUACUAAGUGCUGCUGUGUGAUCUUCUAUUUUAUUACAUGAUGACAGUGGAAACCUCACUUCAGUAUAAAUAUUCACUAUCUUGAAUUGAAUUUUGAAAUAUUCAAUCUUGAAACCAAUGCUGCAGGCUACUUUUGUAUGUUGUAUACUUGCUGCAUAAACUGCUGCUAGUGCCGCUCUGAUGAAAUCGUCGAUGUAUGGAGUGACAAUUGUGCUGGAUAUUAUCCCAAAAAAAAAUUGUGCUGGAUAUCUCAUUUACCUUCCCAGCUAUA